CCCAAAUUAAAACCGGUCCAACCGCGGUCCAAAGAGAAGUCACCAACCGGUCAGAAGCUGGGAGAGAAUCGUCUAAACGUGUUUUUCGUGCUUUCAGUCGAACAACAGCGACUGGUAGGAGCAGCAAUGGACACAAAAUUUCGAUUUCCAUUUCUCUUUUAUUCUCCAUCGCAGUUCAAUCAUUUUUGUUUAUCAUCCUAAUUUCACUCUUUCCACUGAAUCAUCACAACUCUGUAAUAACUAUUUUCAUCUCCAUUUCACAGUCUUCUCCGAUGCCUCCUAACUCUGACUCCUCCGAUGAUGAUCAAAAUCCUAACCCUAACCCUAAGCCUAGCUCAAUUGAUCAGUCUUUGGACGUAAUCGAGAAUCAAUUAGCUUCAAUAUCAAUCGUCCAACCUGAACCCGAAUCGGAUACCAAUUCGGAUACCAACGGAACGUCGCCGUCGAAGCUCACCAAGGGAUCGUUGAACGAGAAUUUUGAUGGCGAUAAUGGAAAUUUGAGACACGGCAAUGUGAUGGAGAAAUCCAGCUCGUCCAAAAUCGUGGGGAGGAACAAUUCAGGGAUGGAAGAAAUGGAGGAACCUUCAAGUCCAAGUAGCAGUGGGUAUGCUGGUGAGAGGGGAAGUAGCAAUGCUAGUAGUAGUGGUAGGGGUGGUUCUGGAAAUGGGGAAGUUGAUGAUGAGAUUCAUGAAAUUGUGAAUAAUAAUUCACUAGACGGAGUUUUAGAUUCUGAUGUACAAUGGCUUCCUGGAAAACGCCAUGGCAGUGAGGAUGAUGCUUCCAUUUCCUGGAGAAAAAGAAAGAAACACUUCUUUAUUUUGAGUCACUCAGGAAAACCAAUAUACUCAAGAUAUGGAGAUGAACACAAGCUCGCUGGAUUCUCUGCCACUUUGCAAGCCAUCAUAUCAUUUGUGGAGAAUGGGGGUGAUCGAGUCAACCUGAUCAGAGCUGGAAAGCACCAGGUAGUAUUUCUUGUGAAGGGACCUAUUUACUUGGUUUGCAUAAGCUGUACAGAAGAGCCUUACAUGUCACUAAGGGGGCAACUAGAGCUCCUAUAUAAUCAGAUGAUACUUAUCCUUACAAGGUCUGUAAAUAGAUGUUUUGAGAAGAAUGCAAAGUUUGAUAUGACACCUCUGCUUGGAGGAACAGAUGUCGUCUUCUCUUCUCUGAUCCAUUCUUUCAGUUGGAAUCCAGCCACUUUUCUCCAUGCAUACACAUGCCUACCACUUGCUUAUGCAACAAGGCAAUCUGCUGGGGCUAUCUUGCAGGAUGUAGCUGAUUCAGGCGUCUUGUUUGCUAUAUUAAUGUGUAAACACAAGGUUAUCAGUCUCGUUGGUGCCCAAAAAGCCUCUCUUCACCCUGAUGAUAUGCUAUUGCUAUCCAAUUUUGUUAUGUCUUCUGAAUCAUUUAGGACAUCAGAAUCCUUCUCACCUAUUUGUCUACCAAGAUUCAAUCCCAUGGCAUUUUUAUAUGCUUAUGUGCAUUACCUUGAUGGUGACACAUACUUAAUAUUGCUGACUACAAGUUCAGAUGCCUUUUAUCAUCUUAAAGAUUGCAGGAUUCGUGUUGAAAAUGUACUUUUGAAGUCCAAUGUGCUCGGUGAAGUUCAAAGAUCCAUGGUAGAUGGUGGCAUGCGCAUUGAAGAUUUACCUGAUGACCGUUGUUCCCGUUCUGGAGCAGUCUCCCCUCAUUUGGGUCAGCAUGGACAUGCAAUGGAUUCAUCAGAGAGAUUCGACGAAGCAUUCCUAGGUGUUGGUGGCCCUGCUGGACUUUGGCAUUUUAUAUAUCGAAGUAUUUAUCUUGACCAGUACGUCUCAUCAGAGUUUUCCUCACCAAUAAACAGCAGACGACAGCAAAAAAGGUUAUAUAGAUCUUACCAGAAGAUCUAUUCAUCGAUGCAUGAAGAAGGAAUUGGGCCUCACAAAACUCAGUUUAAAAGGGAUGAUAAUUGUGUUCUCUUGUGCUGGGUUACCCCGGAUUUCGAACUUUAUGCUGUAUUUGAUCCUCUGGCAGACAAGGCUCUUGCAAUUAAAACUUGCAAUAGGGUAUGUCAGUGGAUGAAGGAUGUAGAAAAUGAAAUUUUCUUGUUGGGAGCGAGCCCUUUUUCAUGGUGGAGUGUUCCAGGCAAUACUCCAUUGCCGGAGUUUGCAGAGAUAUCCUUAUGAAUUUCUCUUGAAAGGUUUUGGUGAAUUUGGACGUGGCGUCACAUUGGUUAAAUGCAUAAGACAAGAGGAUUGCAAAAGGAUACAAUUCCAUAUUCGGCUUGGAUGUUACCCACGUUAACGUUGUAACUGAGCAUGCUGAACUGGGGAAACAAUAUGAUAGUAGCUUCCUUGGAGAAGCAAUUUUAAGGUUUUCGCAAGGAAUCGUACAAUCGACAGAGAAGAAUAAAACCCAAAGUAUUUGUCAAAAAUUGGACACUUGUUUCAUAUACAAGAGAAAGUUCAGUGGAUGGUCUGGAAACAAUAACUAUUGCAUUGUGAUGUUCUCCAUUAAUGAUAUGGUACAGAAUAAAUGUACCAGAACAGCCGUCUGAGUAUGGAUUUCAUUUUACUAACUAAAAUCUAUGUUGCAAUAUUAUUGAUUUCUUGCUA